ACCGGUCCCGGUGUGACUCUCGUCCUGGGCGCCAUGGAAACCUUCAUACGCUUCACCAAUCAGACUCAAGGCCGGGACCGACUCUUCAGAGCCAUUCAGUACACAUGCAUGUUACUUAGAUAUUUGUUAGAGCCUAAAGCUGGCAAAGAGAAGGAGGUGGUAAUGAAGCUCAAGAAACUGGAGUCCAGUGUGAGCACUGGCCGGAAAUGGUUCAGACUAGGAAACGUGGUACAUGCUGUUCAGGCAACUCAGCAGAGUGUUCAUGCCACUGACCUGGUGUCCCGCUUGUGUCUAACACUAGCCAACUUGAGCCGUGUGGGUUAUUUCAUCUGUGACACCGUCCUCUGGGUAAGAAGUGUAGGUCUCACUUCUGGCAUCAACAAGGAGAAAUGGCGAAUGUGGGCUGCCCGCUACUACUACUACUGUCUCCUGCUGAACCUGGCCAGGGAUCUGUAUGAAAUCUCCCUGCAGAUGGAGCAGGUUGCACACGACAGGGCAAAGAAGCAGCAAUCACCAUCCCAGAAUCCUCUGGUGCACAGUGUGGCUGAUGAAGAAACAGAGUGGCUUCAGACCUUUCUCCUUCUCUUGUUCCGAUCCCUGAAGACACAUCCCCCCUUGCUCUUGGACACGGUGAAGAACUUUGGUGAUAUCCUGAACCCUUUGGACCAGCUGGGGAUCUAUAAGUCCAAUCCUGGCAUCAUUGGACUUGGCGGUCUUCUGUCCUCUAUAGCAGGCAUCAUCAUUGUGGCGUAUCCUCAGAUGAAACUGAAGACCCUCUAA